AUUUUACUUUUUCUUGGUUGAAGAAAAUGUUGUUAGUGUCAAACUUAACUCCUCAAAUUAACUGAUGUUUAUGGAAGAAACAAGGUAUUCCAGGAUAAAAUUGAAAUUUUAAGCUGAAGCACCACCUAGUGAUUAGAUAGUGCGUUGUUUGGUUGCCAUAGCAUCUGAAUCUCUUCAGCGACAAAUAGUUCUUCAAAUUUCAAACUUUAUUUUACUGUGGCAAAAUACUUAUUGGUUGAAGAGAUAUACAAAAAUAGAUAAUAAUGUCGCAGUUCCGAAAAAUGGUUGAACGCUCAUCCAUUAGAAACUUACCGUCAGCAUCUCAACAUUCGAAAUCCAAGACCCGAUACGAAAAUGUGAGCCCUAAAACCAAUUCUGGAUAUCAUGUUGGAAAAAUGAUGGAGGAUUUUGAUAUUAUUCAGAGGAAUUUUCGCUUUAAACCUGAUGAAAUAUUUCCACGCAUUAAAAUAUCAUUGCUGGUGUCUCUGAUCUGUGAGAGUAUAUAUCUCGAGACUGAUUCUCACCAAGCAAAGAAUGAAGCAAUGGGAGAAGCUGCUGCCACAACUACUGCAAAGUCUACACUUUCUUCAUAUGGUACCCAUCCUUAUAAUGAACGAGAAAAGAAGGGCAACACUCACAUACCAUAUCUUCUCUUAGAUGUGAGGGAUUUGGAUGAGUAUAACAAAAGUCACAUAAUCACUGCAGAAAACUACCCUAAAAGUCUGCUGUCACGGGCUAAUUUUGAAAUCCCUUCCCUUCUCAAAUAUAAAAACCAUCCGGAACAUGUAAUAGUCAUUUAUGAUGAAGAUGAAAUACUUGCACCUCAAGUAGCUACAACUCUGAUGGAACGAGGCUACGAUAAUGUUUUUAUAUUAAGUGGCGGAUUGAAAGUGGCCAAGCAUUGCUUUCCACAUUCUUUGGUAGUAACCCCAGAAGUAACUAUGACUGUGGAAACAAGUCAGAUACUAGAAACACAACUCCAGCAGAUGAGCUUCCGCUAUCGCAAAUGAAACUUAUUUUAGUACUCGUGGGCGUGGUUUCACACCUUACAUGUUUAGGUUUAUGAUUAUAAAAACACUAAAAGUUUUUUAAUUUGAAAUUGCAAGCGUUUAAAGAGUAGUUGCCUAAGGUACUUGUCCUUUAUCUUCUUGCGACGCUAAAUCGCACAAUUUCAUGCUUAUUCUUGUGUAAGACAAAAUAUUCAUUUUUAUUUGUAUGUAAAUUUUGUUUGUUCCAUUUCUGUUACUGUUUCAUUCUAUUGGAAUAUCGUAACUGAAACCCAUAUUUAAAUAAAGGGCAAGCUUCAGAUUAACGCUAUGUAAA